CAAAAAGCUUCCGAAGGCUUUGCAAAAAAUCUUCUUCUUCGUUUAAAUCAACAACAACUGCUACAUCUCAGGUGUCUCUACUUUAGGAACAAUAAGAAAAAAUGGGUUUUCUUAGUCAAGAACAAAUUGAUCAAUUUAAUGAACAAGGCUUUCUCGUGUUUGAAAAUUUCAUUGCCGAAGAAAUGAUUAAAACUCUUCGGGACGAAAUUAAAACAAUUGUUGAGAAGGAUUUUCAUCCUAAUCAAAAUCACUCUAUAUUUUCAACUUAUAAACAAGAUUCAAAGAGAGAUUUGGACAGGUAUUUUGAUCAAUCCAUUGAUAAUAUUUCCUUCUUUUUAGAAAAGAGUGCAAAUAUUGAUCCGAAUACAGGUGAAUUAAAGCAAGAUAAAUUUACUUGUAUUAACAAGAUUGGACAUGCUAUUCAUGAUCAAAAUAAGGUAUUUAGAGAGUUUUCCCAUCAGGAAAGUUUAUUCGAAAUAGUCAAGACACUCUCACAAUUCGAAAGACCAUUGCUUUUGCAAAGUAUGGUCAUAUUUAAACAACCUUUCAUCGGAGGUGAAGUUAUAGCUCAUCAGGAUGCAACAUUUUUGUAUAAUGAAUUGGAUGAAAAUGAAAAGGAGAAACCUGUGAUUGGUUGUUGGUUUGCAUUGGAAGAUGCAACAACAAAGAAUGGAUGUUUAUAUGUGUUGCCAGGAUCUCACAAAUGGGGAUGCGUAAAGAGAUGGGAACGUACACCAAUAGAGAAAGAAAAUGGUUCAGUUGAAUAUGAAAUGAAAAUGAGAGUGGAAAAACCUGAUUUAUUGCCAUACACUACAGAAAUGGACUAUGAUCAUGACAAGUAUAUUAGUGUUGAAGCAAAGAAGGGCACUUUGAUUAUAUUGCAUGGAUAUUUACUUCACAAGAGUUUUGAGAAUACUAGUGAAAAAUCAAGAGAAGCUUACACACUUCAUAUUUUGGAUUCUUCUAGACCUCUUUCAAAGAAAUCAUGGAUUCAACCAAAGAGAAAACUAGUUAAUUAUUAUUAUGAGAAAUAGAAUGUACAUAUAAAAAAUAAAUCAUUGAUUGUG